GACCGCAUCUCAUACAACGCAGACCUCGAUACCAGCCGCGCGAGCGCGACGCACCAGCAUCUCGAACCCGCGAUUCGAUGUCGGACGUGUACAAGAAAGCGAAGCCCGGCCGCCUCGUCUUCAAGGGCGGCGAGGCCGCCACCCUCCGCAAGCCCAAGAAGCAGAAGCAGAAGAAGAACAAGAAGCCAGCCGCCGAUGUCCCCGCCGACGCUGACGCGGAAGCCGCGGCGCCCGCGCCCUCGGAGGGUGCCGAGGGUGGAGACGCGGGCGGCGACUACACCAUCGACGCGGCGAAGCGGAUGAAGUACGAGGAGCUGUUCCCCGUGGAGACGAGGAAGUUCGGGUACGACCCAACCAACGCCGCCCGCACCUCCCGCGACCGCACCGUCGAGGAGGCCCUGGACGACCGCGUGCGGAAGAAGGCCGACCGCUACUGCAAGUGAGGUGAUCAACUCAUCUGAUUUGUUCUGCUGUUAUGGAGAGAGGCUCACUUGGAGUAGAUAUGCUCAAUGUAUCAGAAAGGGUAUCUUUGGAGUAGUGUUGGGCCCUCGAUGGCAUUUGUAUAUCAAGCUAGUCUCUGUAGCCAUCAAGCAUUUCCUUUAAUCUUGGCAUGUCUGUACUGGUGAACAAAAGGAUGCUCGCAUCUGGUAUUAUUCUCCUGUUCAGUCUCUCUUGCCUGUUUUGGUCAAUUAGGUGAUGUAUGCUUGGCACACGUGAUUGUAGAAUUAUAUUUGCAGUUCAGUUGUAUCCUUUCUUUUGUGCUA